AGCCAGCCCAUAGUUGAUCCCGCACCGCACCGCAGCUAACCUAAGCUUGGCGGUCACUGCCCGCGGCACCCCAGACCAUACGCCACUUUCCUCUACUCCUCACUCACAUAAUCCCCGCAUCCUCUACCAUUGACAACAACAAGAAUCUCCCAGCCGCUCGAUUCCCAAUCUACCCACCGCUCUCUCGCGACAUACCACCCACCAACCAACUACCCAAGCGUAAGCAUGGCGCCCAUCCGCCGCUACCUCCGGAUCAGCAAAUACACAGUCCUCGAAUGCCGAAUCUACCUCGAGAACCCGUCCGAUAUACGGUGGCUCCUGAACGCGCGUGACGCCGUGCUUCCACGCGUAUUCGCAGCGAUCCGGCCGCUCGUGCUGCCCAAACUACGCGAGGAGAAUGAGCGGUUAUUUGCGAAGAAGAAGGGGAAGCCGGUGAAAGAUGUUAUCUCUGAAGAGGAAUUCGAAGUUGCGUUGUUUUUGCGCGAGUCGAGGACGCGCCAUUCGCUUCUUACAAGGCACAAGGAAUUUGACGAGGAUGAGGGGGGCUACGCUGUGGGUAGGGGGACAGGGUCUGGUCCUGGUGGGGCUGGGGCUGGGAUAUUGAUUGAGAGUGAUGAUGAAGGAGAGGGUUUGGAGAUGCGGGAUAUUCCACAGGCGACUAGUGAUGAUGAUGGCGCGGGGGCGAAACGUCAGCGGGAUGAUGCUGAUGGGCAGUCUGAUGACUCGCCGGAGCGGCAGCGUACAUCGAAGCGGAGGAAGGAUGAUGGUACGCUAUCGCGAGAUGCAGAUGAUGGCGAUGACAAGAAGAUGCGCUUCAGGACCAACUACGAGGGAUUCAAUAUCUACGGCUGGGUGCUGUGUCUGCUUGUCACGCGGAAAGGUGACAAGACGGGAACAAGAGCUGCCACGGCAGAACCUGGUCGUCAGGUCCUCAUGGAGGAAUGGAUAUCAACCCAGGCGCAAGGCGAUCUGCCUGAAGAAUAAUUUCGAAGCUGCCUGCAAUACGUUGCAGUAUUGCAAGACUUGCACACGCC